AUGAAUAUGGACAUGGCAUAUAGUAUGAGAAAUGUUAUGAAUUCAGCUAGAAAUGUAGAACCUAAAUAUGACAUGAACUCAGUUGAUUUGGCGAAUAAUACUAUGAACACAAAUUAUUUAAUGAAUGGAGCAGUGUUAACUAAUGCUUAUAAUAAUGAUUUUAUGGCUAAUAGAGAAAAGUACCCAGCAGAUAUGAUAUCACAAUUGAAAUUAGAGCAAGCUUUGAAAAGUUACAACAACACAAUGCCAAUGAAUGCUACUACAAUUCAAGAUCCCAAUGAUUCUAUUAGUGUGCAUGGAAUGAAAACAAAUUUAGGCACUACAGGAUUUGAAAGUUAUGGAAAUUUAAUGAACUAUAACAAUACACAAAAUACCAUUCAAGCUAAUCAAAUCCCAAUUAAUUUAGAUGACUAUAAUAAUAGUGAUGCUAUGUAUAUUAAUCCAAAUACAGGAGAUAAGUUUUCUGCAGAGUAUAUAAAUAAUUUACCAACUACUGAUCCAGAUACAAUUUUAUAUUCAAAUAAUUUUAAAAUUCCAAAUGGAAAUUUCAGUCCAAUGAUGCAUAAUAAUUUUAAUAAUAUUCCAUAUUCUAUGCCCAUAUUCGAAAAUAUGAACAAUCCUCAAAUGUAUAUGCAGAAUAUGAACCAAAAGAGAACUAUUAAUAUUCCUUUACCAAAUAUGGAACAUAAAACUAGCAUUAGAAAAAUACCAGCUGUAACAAAAAGAAGAAUUAAACCAAAAAAAUUUUUCCCAUGUUGUUAG